AUGGCCUGCAGGGAUUGUGCUGAGCCGCACGCAGUGAAGUUGUUGAACCAGCGUGAUCAAGAACAGGGCGGUUCCAUUGUGCUUCAUGGUCUUGGUAUGGCACAGCAAGUCCGCCAAGACAUGGUGGGUAUUUAUGACGAGCAUAAAGGGCACGGCCAACAACAAAUCAGGCCAGGCAACCAAAUGAACGAUGAGAACUCGGGACGAGCUUAUAAGUGCAAGCUGUUCCCGAGCAAUCUGAUCUUGCCAUCAACUUCAUUUCUCACGAAGUCCCACCACGCCACCAUGAGAGCGACACUUGCAGCUAUCUCGCUCCUUGCGGCUCUGACCAUGGCUUUUCCUGGUAUUAAGAGCAGACAGAAUGACCUGCAGUCCUGUGUCGAAGGAGUAGGAGGAAAGGAGGGUCAGAGUUAUGGCCAAAACACGGGCACAGAUAACUCCUGUGAGCGCGGCUGUAUCCUAACAGAGAGUGCAGAAGGUCGCGACAACACGGGGGAGGCUUGCACAGGAUAUUGUUUUCCCGAAGAUCAAAGUCCAGCGCCGCGACUCGUCUGCAGGGGAAGUUCCAGCCCCGACGAGCCCUGA